AUGGCCAACCAGCAGGCAGCGCGCAAGUGCUGUCUCUGUGAGUGACCGUUCCUACUCGUUCCGGACUGCACCCUCCUUCUCUGCGUGAUCCAAUCAAGCUCAACCUUGGGUGCAUUCUUGACUCAGUUGGAUCGAUCAUCUCCUCGAGGAGGGCACUCAAACAGCUCUCGAAACGAACGGGUUCGAAACGCUCGCUCGGUCGUCGCUCCGAAUCCUGGGCCGAUCGCAGUACUUGUCCUUCAACCAGAAUGGCACCGAUCUCCCCGAAUGGCCAUGGCACUGGCAACGGUGUAAAGCGCCCUUUCGAAGCGGUCUCCCCCUCCGAUUCGUCGAUCGUCGGCAGCACCAUCAGCGCCGGGCCUUCGGCUUCAGCCUCCGUCUCCAGUCCGUCCAACACCUCGUCGUCUCUACCCCUCACAGCCGAUACCUCGGCCGUACCGACGCCUUUACCUCUUGAACCUGGCCGGGUGGGGGGUGAUUCGUUGGCGGAACAGCACCAGAAGAUUGUUAAAAAGUUAAAGUUGAAGUUUGGGGCGACCAAGCAGCAACAGGCGUCCGAGCACGAGCAGGCGACGAAUGAGGAUCGCGCCGAGUUGGAGAGGAGGAGCGACCAGUUCCUGUGAGCCGGCACGGAGGAGUCAGACCUGGGGGAACCUCCAGGUCACGCAUUUUUGCUGAGCCAACUUACCUGAUUACACAGUCGAGCCCACGCCUCGGUUUACCAAGCUCUGCUGCCCGAGAAGAACCAUGUCACCGCCUUGCUCGAACAAUGCCCGCCGGGCACCGUCCACCGCGAGGCUGUCCCCUAUCGCCAAUUGAGCCAACCCGAGACCAUCAAGGGCGGCACCAUGAAGGCGUACCAGUUGACCGGGCUCAGCUUCCUCGCGUACAUGUUUGAGAAUGGCCAGAAUUGUAUUCUUGCCGACGAGUGAGUUGAUGAUGGAGGAUUUCCGCAUCUUAUUGGGAGUAGCUGACCAUGGGAACGUCUUGCUUGGAACAGGAUGGGUUUGGGUAAAACGUUGCAAACGCUUUCAUUGUUGGCGUACCUCCACGAAACACAUGGUGUCAAGGGUCCCCAUUUGCUCGUCUGCCCCUUGUCCGUGCUCGGUGCUUGGAUGACGGUCGGUUCUUCCACUUUCUACGGUCACGUGCUGCGGCGAUACUAAUGCCACGGCCGCAUGUCCAAACCCCCCACAGGAGAUCGCGCGGUGGCUUCCGACCUUUGUGAGUGCUCAUAGUUUCUAAUAUCAUGAUUAUGAGUCUCUUGAGCCUGACAUUCCCGAAUUACAGAAAUCGCUACGCUUCCACGGCCCCAUGUCGGAACGAGGUCGCCUCAAGCACGACGCCACGACACUUCAACCCGACCUGAUCGUUACGACCUACGAAGCCUACACCGCCGAAGCCGGCUGGUUCAAGCACCGUCGUUGGGGCGUCUGCGUCCUCGACGAAGGGCACAAGAUCAAGAACCACGAAUCCAAUGCCGCGCAAGCCUUGUUCGGUAUCGGCGCGCAGAUGCGCAUCAUCCUUUCCGGAACGCCGUUGCAGAACAACCUGAUCGAGUUGUGGUCGCUGUUGCACUUUUUGGCGCCGCAGGUGUUCACGUCGAUGACGCUCAAACCGUUCAAGGAGGCGUUCAAUCUGACCCAGGGCUUGUACGACCAGUCGUUCCUCAAAAAAUCGCAAAAGUUGUUGGAACUCAUCAUGCUGCGACGGACCAAGGAGGGGGUGAGGGAUGAACUGAGCGUGCCGAGGAGGGAGGAGAUGACGCUUUAUGUACCGCUUUCGCCGGCGCAGAGGUUCUGGUACACGAGGUUGUUGACCAGGGCCGAUACGAUCACUUUGAAUGAGAUCUUUGCGACUGAUCUGAGGGAGGGGCAAGCGAUUCGACGAGGACGAGGAUGGGCCAAAAGGCCUUCUGCGGCGGCGUCGAUUGCGGAAGAGGAGCCUGAGGUCAAGGCUUCCGGUCAGGAGGCUGCGGGGGAGGAUGAGGGGGAUGCGGGUGUGAGGGACAAUAUUGAGAGGGCCAUGGCCGCUUCCAAGGCGGGGGAAGGGAAUGCUUGGAUGAAGAUGAUGAACUUGUAAGUCCGCAAAGGCGGGGCAUCGAUGCUCCUUCCUGUUGCUGACCUUCGCGAACCCUCCUCCAGGCUCAUGCAAUUGCGCAAGUGCUGCAACCACCCUUACCUCCUGCCCAACGCCGAAGCCGAGCCGUUCGAAGUCGCCGAACACCUCGUCGCCGCUUCGAGCAAACUUGUCCUCCUUGACAAGUUGCUCGCCGAUAUCUUGCCCAAGGGGGAGAAGGUGCUCAUCUUUAGUGGCUUUACGCGCAUGCUCGAUAUCUUGGAGGACUUUAUGCAAUUGCGUGGCUUCAAGUGUGAGUUUCGCUUUCGCACCGAAUACAUGGCAGAGGGUGGCUGAUGAUGUGCUGCGUUUUCUUUUCCAUGUAGACGCUCGAUUGGAUGGAAGCACUUCGCGCCCCCGCCGAGCGCUCGACAUCAAACUGUUCCAACAGCAAAACUCGCCUUACCAAGUCUACCUCGUCUCGACGCGCGCCGGAGGCCUCGGCAUCAACCUCACCGCCGCGACGACCGUCGUACUCGUCGACCAAGACUGGAACCCGCAAGUCGACAUCCAAGCCAUCUCUCGAGCGCAUCGGAUUGGACAGACCAAGACGGUUCAAGUGUAUCGAUUGGUGUGCCAGGAUUCGGUGGAGGAACAGGCGUUGACGAGGUUGAGGAAGAAGUUGUACCUCUCUGCAAAGGUGAUGGGAUCGAUGAGGAACGCUGCCGAUCGGGCCGCGGAUGAGGAGUUGGAUGGGCCGAUCAAUGAGGUGGAGAAGACGGAGGACGAUGCACCGAGGAUGACGAGGGGGGAGUUGGCGCAGAUUUUGAGAGGCGGGGCGGGGGCGUUGGCGAGGUGGGGUUCGGUGGAAGGCACGGAUGCGUUCACCGAGUUCAAGUCUCUUUCGUUCGCGGAGUUGAGGGCACGUGGGAAGGCGCGUGAUGAGAAGAAGGAGGUUGGGAUCAAAGUCGAGAUUGGGGAGACGAUCACGUCUGAGCAGAAAGCGCAAUUGGAGAAGGAGGAGGAAGAGGCCGAGCGUCUCUUGUUGCAGGGGAAGGAAGCGGUGCAGGCGCGCAAGUUUGAAGGUUCCAUGUACAAGGCCACCAACGCUGAGAUCCGCAGAGAGUGGCAAGAGACGAUGGCGAGGUCGAGGGACAGUCGGACGGUCGAGAUUGAUGGGCAGAUGGUGCUCAAGGAGACGAUCGCGAAUGGGCAAUGGGAGGCCGUCAAAACCAUCACCAGCGACCCCAAGGCCCUCAGGAAGUUGCAGAACACCAAGCGCCAGCGCAAGAAAUUUGAUCAUGAGGAUGUGAGUCACAUAAUGACGUAGUUGGUGAAGAGAAGGAGGGCACUGAAUCCUUAUGAGUUCUCUUUCGGCAGUUCUGCAUGGUGUGCAAGGAUGGAGGAGAGGUCUACCAAUGCGCAUCCUGCCCUCGUUCUUGCCACGGACCAUGCACCGAAGUGGGUGGCUUAAAGUGACCUGUUGACACAAGCUCUCGGUACUGAUCCAUCUCUUCCCUGUUUGGCCUCUACCAGUACUCGGAAGCCGAUCUCCACGCGAUGAUGAGCUGGUUCUGCCCCCAACACAACUGCACCGUCUGCCACCGUUCGACGCAAGAAGCCGGCGGGCUCCUCUUCCGUUGCCAACUGUGCCCCGUUUCGCUCUGCGAGGACUGUCUACCCCCCGACGAGAUCGAUGCUGUUGGCGACGUCUUGCCCGAAUUUGCCCUUCUGGGAUGCGGGAAGAGGUCGCAGGCGUUCUUCAUUCGCUGUGCGGAAUGCGUCGAGUACCUCCAGACCGAGCCGCAGGCGAAGGCGAACUUUGAGAGGGAACAAGCCGAGGUGUUGGAGAAGUGCAAGGCCGCGGGGAUCGAGCUGUGA